GGUCGGACUUCGCGCGUACUAUCGUUGACAACGACAUGCGCUUCAUAGGGCCCUCGCCCGACGUCAUGGCCCGUAUGGGCGACAAAGUGGAGGCCCGUAAGGCGGCCAUAGAGGCGGGCGUUCGGGUGGUGCCCGGCACCGACCGGCCCAUCACCGACGCCAAGGACGCCAAGGAGUUUGUCGCGACGCACGGGUUGCCCGUGAUUUUCAAGGCGGCGUACGGCGGCGGGGGUCGCGGUAUGCGAGUGGUGCGCAACGAGAAGGAACUGGUGGAGAACUUCGAGAGGGCCUCCUCGGAAGCCCUGUCCGCUUUUGGCAACGGCGCCAUGUUUAUCGAGCGGUUCAUCGAACACCCCCGUCAUAUAGAGGUCCAGAUUCUGGGCGAUAACUACGGCAAUGUUGUCCACCUGUAUGAGAGGGACUGUACGGUACAGCGCCGGCAUCAGAAGAUUAUAGAGAUCGCGCCGUCGCCUAACUUGAAUCCCGUGGUGAGGGAGAAGAUAUUGGCCGACGCCGUGAAGUUGGCCCGACAUGUGGGCUACCAGAACGCCGGGACCGUGGAGUUCCUGCUGGACGCGGACGGCACCUACUAUUUCAUUGAGGUUAACGCGCGGCUACAGGUGGAGCACACGGUGACCGAGGAGAUAACGGGCGUGGAUUUGGUCCAGAAGCAGAUCCGGGUGUCGGAGGGGAACUCAUUGCCGAACUUGGGGUUAGAACAGAAGAAUAUUAAAGUGGAGGGAACGGCCAUCCAGUGUCGGGUGACUACUGAGGAUCCGGCGAAGGGCUUCCAACCGGACACCGGCAGGAUUGAGACUCCUCUAAACGGACAGGUAUUCCGCAGCGGCGAGGGGUUCGGUAUCCGACUGGACGGCGCCUCGGCCUUCGCGGGCGCCAUCAUCAGCCCCUACUACGACUCCCUACUCGUCAAAGUGAUAGCCCACGCGUCGAGCAUAGGGUCGGCCGCAGCCAAAAUGAAUCGCGCGCUCCGGGAGUUCCGGGUCCGGGGCGUCAAAACAAACAUACCGUUCCUCCUAAACGUGUUGGAAAACGACAAGUUCCUGAAAACGGCGUACGACACCAACUUCAUCGACACCCACCCGGAGCUGUUCAAGUUCGAGCCCUCCCAGAACAGGGCCCAGAAGUUGCUGUACUACUUGGCCAACCUCAUGGUGAACGGGCCGUCCACGGUGUUGGCCACCAAACUCAAGCCGUCGGACAUUGUGCCGGCUGUGCCCCCGGUGGACAAGACUCGCGGGCAUACCGUUCCCAAGGGCUGGAAGCAUAUACUGGAUAACGAGGGCCCGGAGGCCUUCGCCAAAGCCGUACGCAAUCAUAAGGGGCUGCUGUUGAUGGACACCACCUAUAGGGACGCCCACCAGUCACUGUUGGCCACACGGGUGCGUACGUACGACCUGUUGAGGAUCUCGGAGCACGUGUCCAACCACUUUCACCCCCUAUUCUCGCUGGAGAACUGGGGCGGCGCCACGUUUGACGUGUCGAUGCGCUUCCUGCACGAAGACCCGUGGGAACGGCUGGUCGAGAUGCGCCGCCUGGUGCCGAACAUACCGUUCCAGAUGCUGCUCCGGGGGGCCAACGCGGUCGGCUACACCUCCUACCCGGAUAACGUGGUGUUCAAGUUCUGCGAGCUCGCCAAACAGGCCGGUAUGGACGUGUUCCGGGUGUUCGACUCGUUGAACUACUUGCCCAACAUUCUGGUGGGUAUGGAGGCGGCCGGGCAGGCGGGCGGUGUCGUGGAGGGCGCCAUCAGCUACACGGGCGACGUGUCCGACCCGAAGCGCACGAAAUAUAAUUUGGAUUAUUAUGUGAAUCUGUCGGACAAGUUGGUGAGCGCCGGCACUCACGUGCUCUGCAUCAAAGACAUGGCCGGUUUGCUGAAGCCCAGGGCGGCCACGAUGUUGGUGGAGGCGCUCCGCUCCAGACACCCCGAUGUGCCCAUUCAUAUACAUACUCACGACACGGCCGGCGCCGGUGUGGCCUCAAUGCUGCGCUGUGCCGAAGCCGGCGCUGAUAUAGUGGACGUCGCGGUCGACUCCAUGUCCGGUAUGUUCCUCUAUGGCCGCCUUACGGGCCUCCACUUUGUCGCCCAUACGGGCCAUGACGUCGGGCGAGGGCCCUAUGAAGCGCAUGUCGUUGUCAACGAUAGUACGCGCGAAGUCCGACCUCUCCGACAGGAACCCAUAGCCCGGGUGUAUGGCGUCCACGUCGGCCUCCUUGGCGAUGCGUAUGAUGUCCGGUAUGUGUAG